AACAGAUCGGUCAGAUAUCGAAAUCUUUCUUCCCAAAAUCUCUCAUUUUUUUUUAUUAUUAUUCUCUUUUUAUCCUUUUUCUUUUUAUUUUUGUUCUACGUUGCAUUUUUCAUCGACUCUUAAUUAAAAAGUAUAUACCUCAAAAAAAAAAAAAAAAGAAGUCCGACUCCCAUGAAUAUGAUCAUUCUUUUCGCCCAAAAUCUUUUCAUUCCUCGUUGAGGAGAAAAGGAAAAAACAAAUUGUGAAUAUGCUACACCAAACUCUCUACUGACAAUCAACUCCACAUUUUCUUGAAAAUUUUCACCUUCAAUCAGUUCAAAACUCUGCGCCCGGCUGCUUUUCUAUUCAAACUUUAGCGGCCAUUUCUGAGGCAUUUUCGCCCGGGGCCCUCAAUUUAUCACUAUUCAACGGUAUCUACUUUCUAUGUGUAGUUUGAAAUCUUAAAUACAGGGCCAUCAAACUUAUUUAUUGGACAAAUUGGUGCUGAUGCGUUUGUUUCACAGUGUUUUACUCUCUACUUUUAUGUUGAAAGGGAAAACUUUUGUGCGAUUGACAUUUUUUGAUUUGUAGAGAAAAAAAGAAAAAGAAAUUGGGUAUUGAACUUUUUGAUGGAGAAUAGUGAUGGUGGAGAUGAUCAGGCUUCUGGAUGGAUGCAAGUGAAAAAGAAACACAGAAGCAAUUUGAAGUUCUCAUUACACGGUUGGGUUGAAGGGCUGUCUGGAAAACAGAGGUUUAGCAAGCCAAACAAUCAAAUUUCAUUAGGUAAAAAAUUGGAGAGUAGCUCAAAUGCAACAAGCCAAAGAGAUACUACUGGUAAAGAUUGUGCCGUGCGUGAGCGUGUCAGCAGCAAGGCUACAGAGUCCACUUCUAUCUCUACUGGUAACGGGGCAGUUCAACGUUGCCUUGAUGACGACAGUGCUAAUGCUACCAAACCCACUUCUAAUUUUGAUGAGGAUGGGGCAAUUGAUCAUUACCUUGACAAACGUGUUGUCAGUCAAAGCAAUGGAGAUUUAGGUUCAUCUCAUUUGGUAGCUAAAAAUCGGGUAGAUCCUAGUCAUAAAGUAGUUGUCAGUCAAGGAAGUACCCACAAAGAUAAUGUCCUGCCAAAAAUCAAAUGGGGUGAUUUGGAUGAGGGAACUCUCAAACAUUAUGGGAAAGCUUCCGGAGCUGAAUUUGAGUUUGGGGGAGUUAAAAAUAACAAUUUGGUCUCCAUGAAGGUUGAUGAUGCUGCUGAAUGUCUUCCUGGCAUCGUUCCAGAAUCUCAUUCUUCAUCUCCAAGGUCUUUAUCUGUUGAAGAAACCGAUAACGAGGUGAAUGAAGUGUCUUCGGAAGAUGUUAAAGAGAAAAUUACUAGUGAGAGAAUAGUUAGUCAGAGUACUUCUAUUUCAGGUUCUAAUGUCGAGCACGGGCAUCUCAAGCCAGAUAAUGAGGCGACCUACGACUCAUCUGGAGAAAAUAUUGCGUGCAGAGACGACAAAAAGUUAGAAAGGAUCAAAUCAGCUAAUGUUUCAGCUGUGCCUCUUAUGGAUUCAGCUACAAGCAGUCGGAUAAUUGAUGAACCUAAAAGUGGGGAAUCUAUAUUGGCAGCUCCAAUUGAAGAACUGAGCAAUCAAAAAAGUAAAGCAAAUUGUGAUGGUCUUCUAGAUGCCCAGAAUGCAGAUGCUGUCGCUUCAGACGACGUGGGUGAAAGCAAAGAAAGAUUCAGAGAACGUCUUUGGUGCUUUCUCUUUGAAAACCUCAAUAGGGCUGUAGAUGAACUCUAUCUUCUCUGUGAACUUGAAUGUGAUCUUGAGCAAAUGAAAGAAGCUAGUCUCGUUCUUGAAGAGGCUGCAUUGGACUUUAGAGAACUAAAUAGUAGAGUAGAAACGUUUGAGAAAUCUAAAAGUUCCUUGUCUCAUGGUUCUGAUGGGGGUUCAUUGGUAAUGCAGUCUGAUCAUCGCAGACCACAUGCCCUCUCAUGGGAGGUCCGUCGAAUGACAACUUCACCACACAGGGCAGAAAUUUUGUCCUCAUCUCUUGAGGCUUUCCGGAAAAUACAGCGCGAGAGAACAAGUGAACGUUCCCACGACUCUAACAAUCUGGGGUCUGAUUGUCAGAGUUGCCAAUUUGGAACAAGGGAUAUUGUGGAUCUGGAGAAGUAUGUUAAAAAUGAUGAUUUGGUGAGUGGCUUUAAAGAAUCAAUUUCGAAGGUGACUGACCAGACUGGUGUGUCAAUUAUAGCUCAGCACCCAAAUAAAGAAAAGAAAAACCAUGAUUCAAAACCCGGUUCUGGGGCAUCGAAAUUACCUCAGAAAGAAGGUUCUAUUCCCUUUGGUAAUGGAAAGAACAACAGUGAAGUACAUGGACCUUCUUCUGAUGCAGAGAAGUUCCUUCAUAGAAAAAGCAAAACCCCAAUAGAGAACGCUGCUGAGAAAAAUAUGAAGUUGGCUGAUCCAGUGAGAAGACCUGUUCCCGAAAGAGAAAGAGAGAAGAGAAAUGGAAUUUCGGCGAAGUCCAUGGAUGCUUGGAAAGAGAAGAGAAAUUGGGAGGACAUACUUGCAAUCCCUCCUCGUGGGUCUUCCCGUUUCUCAUAUUCACCUGGCUUAAGCAGGAAAAGUGCUGAGCGAGUUCGUGUUCUGCAUGAUAAACUUAUGUCGCCUGAGAAGAAGAAAAAAUCUACUCUUGAUCUUAAAAAAGAUGCUGAAGAGAAACAUGCUCGUGCCACCAGAAUCAGAGCUCAACUUGAGCACGAGAGAGUUCAGAGGCUUCAACGGACAUCAGAGAAAGUGAACCGUGUAAGUGAAUGGCAAACUGUUCGCAGCAAUAAGUUGCGAGAGUCGAUGUAUGCUCGCCAUCAACGUAGUGAAUCCAGGCAUGAAGCUUAUAUAGCUCAGGUUGUGAGAAGAGCUGGUGAUGAGACCAGUAAAGUUAACGAGGUACGGUUUAUCACCUCAUUGAAUGAAGAGAACAAAAAGCACAUAUUGCGCAAGAAGCUUCAUGAUUCCGAGUUGAGGAGAGCAGAGAAACUUCAGGUAAUAAAAACUAAACAGAAAGAGGACAUGGCCAGGGAAGAGGCUGUUUUGGAACGUAAAAGGCUCAUUGAAGCUGAGAAGUUGCAGCGGCUUGCAGAGACUCAGCGAAGAAAGGAAGAGGCUCAAGUUAGAAGGGAAGAAGAGAGAAAAGCAUCAAGUGCGGCCCGUGAAGCCAAGGCUAUAGAACACAUGAGGAGGAAAGAGAUCCGAGCCAAAGCGCGGCAGGAGGAAGCUGAACUCUUGGCUCAGAAAUUAGCUGAAAGACUCAGUGAAAGCGAACAGCGGCGGAAAUUUUAUCUAGAACAAAUUCGAGAAAGAGCAUCUAUGGAUUUUAGGGAUCAAUCUUCGCCUUUAUUGAGACGCUUUGCAGGUAAAGAAACCCAAGCUCAAGUUAGGUCAGCUCCUUACAGCAAUGGCGAUGAUAAUCGUACCAAUGAUAGUAGUUGCUCAUCUGGUACUAGUAUUUUAAACGGUGAGGCGUUGCAACACUCACUGAAGCGAAGGAUUAAAAAAAUACGACAAAAGCUUAUGUCACUAAAACAUGAAUUUCCUGAGCCUUCAGCUGCACUCGAAAGUUGUAGCCUUGGCUAUAGGACUGCUGUUGGAACUGCUAGGAGAAAAGUUGGAAGGUGGCUUCAGGAUUUGCAAAAGCUUCGCCAAGCAAGAAAAGAUGGUGCUGCUAAUUUUGGACUGAUAACUGCUGAAAUUAUCAAGUAUUUGGAGGGAAGGGAUGCUGAGUUGCAGGCUUCUCGACAAGCCGGUCUGCUUGAUUUUAUUGCUUCUGCACUGCCUGCUUCUCACACAUCCAAACCUGAAGCUUGCCAGGUUACUAUAUAUCUUUUAAGGCUUUUGAAAGUAGUGUUGGCAACGCCAGCGAACAGAUGCUAUUUUCUUGUACAGAAUCUUUUGCCCCCACUUAUUCCAAUGUUGGCGACGGCCCUUGAGAACUAUAUCAAGAUGGCGGCAUCAUCAAAUAUUCCUGGUCCAACUAAUAUCGUCUCAAGUAAAGUGUCAACUGGAAAUUUGGAGUCAAUUUCAGAAAUUGUAGAUGGUUUCCUUUGGACUAUUGCAGCAAUUGUCGACCACAUAAGCUGUAACGACUACCAACUUCAGAUGCAGGAUGGUUUGAUAGAGCUCGUUAUUGCAUACCAAAUUAUUCACCGGCUAAGAGAUCUUUUUGCUCUUUAUGAUAGACCACAGGUGGAAGGUUCUCCAUUCCCUUCAUCUAUUCUCCUAGGUAUUAAUUUAUUGACAGUUCUGACUUCCAAAUUCCGAGAGUCAUACUCAAUAGACUGGGACUCUUUUCCGAAUGAUAUUACGCAAGGAAAUAAACUUGGAGAGGCAAAAUUUUCUGGGACUGCUGAUUUAAGACGUGAAUCUAGUAUAAAGAACGUGCCCUCUUUUCCAGCUGGCGAAUUACCUACAGAUUUGCUGAAUGUGCUGGAGGGUAGAAAAGAUGGACAUUCAAAUAUUGAGGUGACAAGUAGUCAAAUUCCCGUAUGCGAUACCUCUCUUGAUGCUGAGAACGUUGCUUCUGAAGAUGCCAUGGGUGAGUCACCCGGAGAUCUAUUGGAAGAUAAAUAUCAAUGUUCUGCUGCCGAGGAUAGCAAUAAAUGUGUAAGUAAUAGCGCUGAACUGAAAAAUAGAAACAGCUCUGAAGCAAAGCAGCCUGCAGCGUUUCUUCUUGCGGCAAUGUCUGAGACGGGCUUAGUAUGUCUUCCUUCCAUGUUAACAGCUGUGCUACUGCAGGGCAAUAACCGGUUGUCAGCUGAACAGAGCUCAUACGUGCUUCCAUCUAAUUUUGAGGAAGUAGCGACGGGAGUUCUGAAGGUCUUGAACAAUCUGGCUCUAAUAGAUAUAUCUUUCAUCCAGAAAAUGCUGGCUCAACCAGAUCUUAAAAUGGAGUUCUUUCACUUGAUGAGUUUUAUCCUUUCUCAUUGCACAAGUAACUGGGGAGUUACCAAUGAUAAGAUUGGAACACUCUUGCUAGAAUCUUUGGCACUUCUUGGUUAUUUUGCAUUAUUCCAUUCCGAAAAUCAAGCAGUCCUACGCUGGGGAAAGAGCCCUACGAUCCUUCACAAGGUUUGCGAUUUGCCCUUUGUCUUCUUCAGCAAUCCAGAAUUGAUGCCUGCUUUAGCCGGCACAUUGGUAGCUGCCUCAUACGGAUGUGAACAGAACAAGGCCGUUAUUCAGCAGGAGCUCAGCAUGGACAUGCUCCUCCCGUCACUCAAAUCGUGCAAAAGCAUUCCAAACCAAUAUGGCCCGUUAGCUGAGGACGCUGGUGAAUUGAGUCGGAUUGUUGUUGAAAGAAAAGCUCAAGCUGACGCAUCUCAGAAAUCCAACCGGAACUAUUCAAGGAGCGCUCGUCUCUUUCCUCAGAGAGGCAGUGGUGGUGUUCCAGCAGGUAACAUGAGAAGUAUCAAGUCUAGAAACCUUAGAGACAGCAAAUUGGUGAAGGUUAGUGAAGAAAUGCAGAUGGGCGCUGCUCAGUCUGCUUCAGAAACUUCCACGUUGAUGCUGCACUCGAGAUUUCCGGUAAGCUUCAUCGGAAAAGCAGAACAGUUUUUUACAGCAGAGGUUAAUACAAGCAACACUGAAUUAGUUUGAAGUGAACACUUUUUUUUCUGGUCCGAAAUGACAAAUUAAUUAUACAUAAUAUAUACUAAUAUACACAAUUUUAUUGUCUUUUAGGAAAGAAAGAUUUUAUAUCCAAAAACAGAGAAAUGAGAAUUAUUUUACACCUGGUUUUCAUUAAUGGAUAUUGUUGAAUGACAUUUACAGUGAAAUUAGGAAGGGAAAUUGUAUUAUUCAA